AUGUCUGCCGCCACCAAAAAGCGAUACAUCACCAACAAGGUACGUUUUUUCCAGAAAAUUCCACAUUUCACAUUUAAUUUUCAGGUUGGAAGCGAGUUUUACGAGCUCGCAGAAGGCGACAUCAUUGCUCAGGUCCGUCAGUCACGCGGAAAUAACCUGCACGAAGUGUUCGAUCAGAACGGCGAAGCCUACGUCGUCUCGAUGCCAACCAAAUUCCGAAAGGCAGUCUGGCUUCGUCGCGAUCAGUUUGUCAUCGUGCGUCCGAUUGCCGAGGGCGACAAGGUCAGAUAUCUUCUACUUGCGCGAUGGAAACGUGUUCUUUUUGCAGGUGAAAGGAGAAAUCGAGUACAUUCUGGAUCAGGAAAAUGUUCUGUACAUCCGAGAGCUCGGAAAAUGGCCUGCCUGCUUCGAGGAGCAAGCUUUGAAGAUGACUCGCGAGGCGAAGCGAGGAAAUGCCUCCGACCAGAUGAUCGACGAUGACAUGCUGCCUCCAAGGUACCCAAUUCCAUCCAUUAAAACAGGGAUCGUCCAGUUCCAAUGAUCAUUUUGUUGAUCGGUCAGCCAUUACCCAUUCGAACUUCCCGCUGUUACUCUCAUAACAUCAGAAUUGGCUGUCCCUUUCAUAUCGGGAAGAUGUUAUGACGGUGAACUUGUCGCGGUUCUACCGAACCGAUGGUGUCAUGUGCCAGUCCAAAGCCAUGCCAAGAAACGCAGUGAAUUCUGGUUUUUCAGUGAAAGCGAAGAUGAGGAUGACGAGGACGAAUCGGGAGGGGAGGAGACGUACGACGAUGACAUGGGAGACGAGGAGGAGGAGGAAGACGACGACUUCGAUACGUACAACCCGAACCGAAUGCAGGCACCAUCAAAAUAA